AUGGAGUUCUCAGAGGAUGACCUGCAUGAGCUGAAGUACCGCUUUGAAGAUGCUACAAUCAAGUGCUCAGAGCGAUGCCUAUACCAAUCAGCGAAAUGGGCAGCAGAAAUGCUCGAUUCAAUCGUACCAAUCGAUCGUGGAGACACGGAUUCCGAGUCUCAAAUGGAAAUGAAUGAGCCCGCCACGGCACCAAUCAAUCCUUAUUUGCGUACGCAAGACCCGAUCGAAGCUGCUUUGGAAGCCCAAGAAGCCCACAAAUACCUCCUUGCCAAAUCCUACUUCGACACCCGAGAAUACGAUCGCUGUGCCGCCGUGUUUCUGCCUCCAACGACACCUCCCGUUCCUCUAUCCGUGACCUCCCCCAAUGCAAAGCCAAAACAGAAAAGAAGCACCCCUCUCAAGGGCAAAGACAAAGCCUCGCCUUUUCAAAGCUCCAGAAGCCACGGCUCUGUCCCGAGAAAUCCAUACCCUAAACUCAGUCAGAAAUCGCUCUUCCUUGCUUUGUACGCAAAGUAUCUAGCUGGAGAGAAGCGGAAAGAUGAAGAAACGGAGAUGGUACUGGGCCCAUCAGAUGUCGGGACGGCGGUCAACCGUGAAUUGCCUGACCUGGCUCGCGGAUUGGAAGGCUGGCUGACUGAGCGCAGUGCUCAAGGUAAAGAGGACCAGGGACAAGGUUGGCUCGAGUAUCUCUAUGCCGUUGUUCUGCUGAAGGGACGGAACGAGGAGCAAGCGAAGACCUGGCUCAUCCGCAGCGUACACCAGAAUCCGUUCCAUUGGGGUGCGUGGCAGGAGCUAAAUGACUUGCUGGGCAGUAUUGAAGACUUGAAACAAAUCAAGGACCUUCUGCCCGAAAACAUUAUGACCCUGAUUUUCUAUGUCUACUGCAGUCAAGAGCUUUAUCAAGCGACAGAUGACACAUAUUCAACUUUGAAUGACCUGCAAGCCAUCUUCCCCACAAGCGCAUUUCUGCAGACUCAACAUGCCCUACUUUUCUACCACAAUAAAGACUUCGAGCGAGCCUCAAAUAUUUUCAACGAAAUCCUGGCCACAUCACCACAUCGCCUCGACAGCCUCGACCACUAUUCUAAUAUCUUGUAUGUAAUGAACGAGCGCCCUCGGCUUGCUUUUGUGGCUCAGAUUGCAACUGCCACCGACAAAUUCCGACCCGAGACCUGCUGCGUUGUGGGCAACUACUACUCCUUGAAAUCGGAGCAUGAAAAGGCUGUCAUGUAUUUCCGCCGCGCAUUGACACUGGACCGCAAUUUCCUGUCUGCCUGGACUCUCAUGGGUCACGAAUACAUCGAGAUGAAGAAUACACACACGGCCAUUGAAUCGUAUCGCCGAGCAGUCGAUGUGAAUCGCAAAGAUUAUCGCGCAUGGUAUGGUCUUGGACAGGCUUACGAGGUGCUGGAUAUGUCAUUCUAUGCUCUCUUUUACUAUCAGCGUGCGGCUGCUCUCCGCCCGUACGAUCCGAAAAUGUGGCAGGCUGUGGGAUCAUGCUAUGCAAAGAUGGGCCGCGUUGAGCAGAGUAUCCAAGCCUUGAAGCGAGCAUUGGUGGCCGGCUCUUACUACGCGGACGACAAUCCCGGGGCCGGCGCGCGGAAAGUCCUCGACCCGGAAACAUUGCACCAAAUCGCAACUCUAUAUGAGCGCCUCAGCGACGAAGACGAGGCAGCUGCAUACAUGGAAUUGACUCUGCAGCAAGAAACUGGCGGGGCGCCCAUCGGUGAGGGAAAUGAGUCUGACGAGGAAGAGUAUUCGUCCGCGUCGGAGCAAGCGGCACAAAGCGAAGGCGAAUGUUCCGGCGACGACGAAGACGGGCGAAACACGCGCUCUCGCCGUCAUCGCCGUAAGCCUCGUCCUCGAACAUCUUCAUUUGGUAUGCAGCAAGACGACUCUACAGCGGAGGAGAUGUGGCACCACCCUACAGCCACGACUUCCAAGGCACGUCUCUGGCUUGCGCAGCAUGCCCUGCGGAAUGGGGAUCUCGACCGGGCAGACCAAUUAGCCGGCGAAUUGUGUCAAGACGGGAUGGAAGUAGAAGAGGCAAAGGCUUUGAUGAGAGACAUUCGCGCGAGACGAGAAGAUGUGGGCUGA